UAAUAACCUGUGAUGUCUAAAUUUGAUAGCUUCAAUAGAGACCUUAAUAAACUGAAGAAGUUGGAAGCAGAUAUUAAGACUUUGGUCAAGGAUAAGAACACUGGCGUGGCCAGUGGCAAGCCAACGACCAAGAUUGAUUAUAUGCUCAAGGGAAAAGUGGAGACUUUUAAGUAUGAGCUGGGUAGGAUGAGGGAAACAGUGUUCAAUAUGGCAGCAAAUCCGUAUAAAUAUGGGAUUAGUGAGAGAGAGGCAGAGAAAAGAACGGAUAAAGUAGGAGGGUUUGAAGAGAAAUUGAAGACUAUGGAAGCCCAAAUUCAGCUAGCGGUCUCUGGUGGAGGCAUUGGCCUUGAAAAUGAUCUUGAAGAGAACCUUAUUGGGGAGGAUGGAGAAUAUGAAAAUACAAGAGGUAAAAAUAAUCAAGAAAUUCUUCAAGUUGAGAAGGAUAUGCUUAAAGGUCAGGAUAAGCAUUUUGACGAACUCGCUGCUGUAGCUCAUAAUCUGAAGGAAGAAGCUAAAAAUGGUGGUGAAGAGAUAGACUAUCAAAAUGGUAUGUUAGACGAUCUGAACAAAAACAUUGAUAAAACAAAUAUCAAGAUGGUAAGAGUCGAUGGUAGAUUAAAGAAACUUGUAGCUGAAAGUCACCAUUGAUGACUCUGGUUUAUCAUUAUCCUACAACUUGUAGGUCUAGUUUUAUUGAUAGUUCUUUUGUAA